UGAAAGAAAGAGGGGAAGAAGAACAAAGGCUUCUUCUCUCAUCAUCUGCUUCACCCGCCGCCUUCAAAACAAAGCAAAGGGAGGACUGGGAGGGAGAAGAAUCUCUUCAUCUUCUUAAAUUUUCUUCUUCUUUCUCUUCAGUCUUCUUCCGUUUUCCUUAUAACUUCCUAUUUGAUUUCAUAUUCAGAUAUUAAUCAUCUCUCUCACAUUCACAUUCACAUUCACAUUCACAUUCACAUUUUUGUUUGGACUGCCUUCAACGCAAAAGUGAACAAGAAAAAUCUUUGUUCCUACUAAUUAUAGGCUUAAAUUCCUUUUUACAUACAAAAAAGUUAGAGAGCAGAGCAGAGGUUGAGCCAGAGGAGGCUGCAAAGCUAGAAAGCUUUGUAAACACCGUCGUUUUUCAACGAGAUUAAUAGAUAACAGCUCGAAGACAGAAACCAUGAAGUAUGUAUUGGUCACUGGAGGUGUAGUUAGUGGACUGGGCAAAGGAGUCACGGCCAGUAGUAUUGGCCUUCUCCUUAAAGCUUGUGGCCUUCGCGUUACUUCCAUUAAGAUUGAUCCAUAUCUGAACACAGAUGCUGGAACAAUGUCUCCCUUUGAGCAUGGGGAGGUUUUUGUCUUAGAUGAUGGUGGAGAGGUGGACCUUGACCUUGGAAACUAUGAGCGGUUUCUAGACAUCAAGUUGACCCGUGACAAUAAUAUAACAACUGGAAAGAUAUAUCAGUCUGUUAUUGACAAGGAGAGAAAGGGAGAUUAUCUAGGAAAAACAGUGCAGGUAGUUCCACACAUUACAGAUGCCAUUCAAGAGUGGAUAGAGCAUGUGGCAGAGAUCCCAGUAGAUGGUAAAGAAGGACCUGCUGAUGUUUGUGUUAUUGAAUUGGGUGGAACCAUAGGUGACAUUGAGUCUAUGCCAUUUAUUGAGGCCCUUGGCCAAUUCUCAUACCGUGUUGGACCUGGCAAUUUUUGCUUGGUUCAUGUCAGCCUUGUGCCUGUUCUUAAUGUUGUUGGUGAACAGAAGACAAAGCCUACCCAGCAUAGUGUUAGAGGGCUUAGGGGGCUUGGUUUGACGCCAAAUAUUCUAGCUUGUCGGAGUACAAAGGCACUAGAUGAAAAUGUCAAAGGAAAGCUCUCCCAAUUUUGCCAUGUGCCGGCAGAGAACAUUGUCACUCUAUAUGAUGUUCCAAACAUUUGGCAUGUUCCUUUACUACUAAGAGAUCAGAAGGCGCAUGAAGCAAUCUUGAAAGGACUGAAUCUUCUAGGUGUUGCCAAGAAACCUGAUUUAACAGAGUGGACUGCUAGGACCAAAGUUUGUGACAUGCUGCAAGAUUCUGUUAAAAUUGCAAUGGUUGGAAAAUACACUGGCCUUUCAGAUUCUUACCUCUCUGUCCUAAAGGUGAAUUAUAAUAGUUGUUUCCUUUUUUCCGUGCUCUUGUGAUAUAUUUAUUUAAUGAUGUAAUUCUCUCGCUUUCUAAUUAUGUU